AUGGCAAACACCUCAGCACAGACAGAGCAGCAAAUAGCAUCUCUAGAGAAACGGUCUAUCGUGUCGAGUUUCCUCUUCAAAUAUCCCGACAUCCACUCCCGCGCGGCCGAGGUCGCGUUGUUUCAUCGAAGUGAUAAAGUGCGGACGUAUCAGCAUUAUCUCGCUCCUAUCUCGGGCAGUAUCGACCGUCAUACGGACGCCUCGCCCCUUGACGCGGCGUGGAGAGAGCUUAAAGAGGAGACGUCAUUGACACCGGAUAGUGCCAAAUUAUGGCGCAAGGGCCGGCCGUUUACCUUUCAGGAUUACUCGGUGGGCAGGGAGUGGACGAUUUACCCCUUUGCGUUUUUACUCAAAUUGCAGACCCGUACGCGCAGGCAUACGGUGGAUGAGGAGUGUAUAGCGGGCGAUGGCGAGACUGACGGAGUUGUGCUGGAUUGGGAGCACAGUUUUCACAACUGGUAUGACCCGGAUGAGGUUCUCUCGCGGUUGUUAGAGGACGGAGAGGAGGCUAGGGUGAGCGGGCAGAAGCUAGUUCCGAGAAUCGCUGAUUCUCUAAUUCAAGUUUAUCCUGAAUAUGAGCUCGGUCCUGUAGCGGGGAGGAGGUUGAGAGAAGGGUUGCAGCAGCUGCAAGAUGACCACGAAAGCGGAGCACGGGAACUCACUACGAUAGCUUUGAAUAUAUUCCGAGAUGUUCUAAAUGACGUGCGUCCCUCUGACUCGGAUGCGGUGGGAACGAAUUGGGAGGAGUGGUGGCGAAAGGCGCGACUGACCGCCUGGCAUAUCUGGAUGAAUGGACGAGAAUCUAUGGGGGCUGCCAUAGCGAGUGCACUGCUGACAGCGCUGGCUGAACUGGAGCCUCUGUAUCGCGAUUUGCAGCCGGAUGGAGAGAAUGUAGACCGGUUGAUCGACGCUCUAAUCGAGAAGCGCAGGGCGAUGACGACGGCGUUGUCUCAGGCGUUUACGGUGUACGUCGAUGACGAACUGUGGGAGUAUCGAGACAAAACGACAUUGAAAAUUGUCAGUCUGUCAGCCAGUUCAACAAUAAGAGAGUCGAUCCUGCAGCUUCUUUCAGCGCUGGCUGAGGGUAGGAUCCACACUGUUGUGGCUGGGGGUAGGAUUCGCACUGUUGAGCUACGCGUGUUGGAGUCUCGGCCCCUCUUUGAAGGCGUCAGUCUGGCGUCAGCCAUCGUCUCGUCAUAUGAGAAGUCACGGAAAGAUAGGGAACAUGAGGUUCAACUCCACGUAACGAUAUACACGGAUGCCUCAGCAGCGCUGGCAUGCACAGGCGUGGAUAUGCUGCUCCUGGGGGCGGACCGCAUUGCAAAGGAUGGGGCGGUGAGUAACAAGACAGGUAGCCUGCCUGCCAUUCUGGCAGCGAAACACGUCGCCCCGCGCAGCAAAGUAGUCGUGCUGAGCGAGCUGGACAAGGUCGCGGAUCCUGACUACCAUCCGGCGGUAGAGAACAGCGAUGUAGAGGAAGUCAUGGCAGCAUGGAGGAAAACGGUGCGCGAAGAAGCACUAGGCGUUGUCGAGGCGGGAGGGGGGAAUGUCCCCGGUCGCGGAAGGGUCGAGGUCAAGAACGUCUACUUUGAAUGGGUUCCGCCAGAGCUAAUCGAUGCUUACAUUACAGAGGAGGGCAUCCAGGGAGAGGAGAAUAUUCGGCAGCGGUCGCAGUGGAUUGACAAGCAGAUUCACCGGUUUUUUGACGACCUCACAGAAGCCUCUCAAUCCUCUAUGAGUUGUAAGUACUGA